CAUCUGUCAGUUUUUUGGUCUCCAGCUAUUCCAGAUAUCAAUAUCAGCUUAGUCGUCUAUCUUCCAAAAAUCGCAGCUGUUCUGAUGUCCACAUCUCGAUAUGUCCAUCGCUAACGCUGUGAGACGAGAAGCACAGGAUGAGGGUGUGCGUCUCGAAAUCCAAGAAGAUGAGGAAAGUGAAGCUGAAGAUGAGCGAUGCUGGAGGACAUUUGUGUUUCACCCUUUAGCACUAUGUCUUCGGAUGAUACUGAUCAUUUUUCAUCCUGGUUUAAUCUGAUAUAAAUAAAUUCCAAAGCGUUUCUUAUAUUUCUC